AUGGCCGACGGUAACAACAACAACAACAAUGCCCAGGCGCAACAGCCACUUCCACCCUUGUUACAGAUCCAAGAUAUUGAUGAUUGGCUCCGAUUCAAUGGGCUGCGAGCAGCCGACGAUGUAGGUCCGGCGGAAUGUGGCUCCUUCCUGUCGGAUUUGAAUCGGUCCGAAGCACACGCCAAGCACGAAGCCCAAGAGGAGUAUCAGCAACAAGUCCACGCCGAUAUUUUCAAGGAAGCCUUGAAAGCCGAAGAACAGCAACAAUCCAUGAAGCGCAAAUUGUUGGAAGCGUGGAAGGGGGAAAUAUUGGAGAUUGAUGUGGGAGCAACCACCAAACCCUUUCGAGUCUCCUUGGCAGCCCUCGCGCAAGUCUGCGACACGGUCUUUACCAUGGCAUCGUCACGACGGUACAUGGGGAAUGCUAAUAAUGAGGAAAGUCCCGUGUUGCUUUCGCUGACGGAUUAUUCGGCAGACAGUGUGAAACAUUUUUUGGAUUUGGCGUUUGACAAUCUCUCCAUGGAGCAAAUGCAGGACCAGUUUGUGGUGGACUGCUGUCAUAUCGCUCAUUAUUUGCAAUGCCACAAAGUCCUGGAGGCGACCAACGAAGUCCUCCUGCGGCACGUGGAUAGUGACAAUUGCUUGUCGCUGUGCCAAAUGGCUGAUUCGUUGGGAUUGACCGAUCUGUUCGAGAAAUCCCUCUUUCACAUGCUCAAAGCACUCGAUGACUUGGAAUCCCAAGAAGCCUACGGAGAUUUCUCGCCUGAAUUAAAGGACCGCAUUGGAGGCAUUCGAGCCGUAUUUACCAAAUAUCAAUCCACCAGCAUGUUCAAAGACGACAAAGACAAUAACAACGGUAACACGAGAGCCAAGAGGAAUCUCUACUUUACUUCGUUGGACGAAUACAUUGCCAUUUUUGCCGAAAACGUACAGUACCACAGGGAGAGACUGGAAGAAGCCAAGGAACAGAAUCAAGUCAAUUUUAGCGCCUAUGCCCAAGGCAAAAUUGAAAAACAAGAAUUGCGCGUAUUGACACUGGAAGCCAUGUUGCAGGAACAAAAGCGUCUGUUUGGAAGACAACAACGACAGGACAAGCGAGUGAGAUUGUGA